AUGAUAAGCUCACCACAAUCGAAUAACCUUAGCAGCUCAUCCAGUGUGCUGCUGACGAAGGCCGUUGGCACAACAACCAAUGUAUCACUCACAAGUCAGUCUGAUUUCACCAUGCUGGUUCUACCAUCGACUCUGCCUCCGGCUCUGAGUAUACUGGAUAGUAAAUUGGCUGAGAUGCUGAGUAAAGGAGUCACAUCUGAAUCACCAGUACUUACACAUGGUUACGUUCACGGUCAUAUACAUAAACACAAGAACCAUACACAUAUACAUGGUCAUAUACAUAAUCACGACCAUGACCAUCACUACCAUGAAACACCAAGUUUUUCGACGCCUGAGCUUUCAUCAUCAACGCUGCAAAAUGGGGUUGUGCCACCGCAGUUUGAUACUUUUUGUUCAGAAUUUAAUAACGUGGCCACGUGCAAAGAUGUAUUUUGCGAUGACUUGGACGACUGCUUCUAUUUAACUUGUGAUGACAGUAAGCUCAUCAAUGAUGGAGGGUGUUGUGAAGAAAUAGGAGGAGAUGGUACAGUCUGUUGCACAGAUACCAACUGCGUGUCUCCUUUGGAAACACAGAAAUGCUGUCAAGAUGCUACUUGUGUGCCUAUACUCAAAAGUCAAAGGAGCCAUGAAACGCCAUGUUGCGAACAGUACAAUAGAGAGAUAUCGAAAGAUGAUAGUUUAGUGUGUUGCGAGGAUCCAAGGUGCGGUGAAUACAAGGUCUGCCAUCUGUCCCCGAAUGGAGGCGGCGAUUGUCACAGAUCAAGUUGUCAUCAUUCACAGGGUACUUUACCAGAAACGGAAAAAAAUAACCUAUGUGAUUUACAAAUUGCCAAGCAUCCUCUUUUUGAAGAUUUGAUCAGUAAUGUUCAUCAAAAUUUGACUUCUCAAGAAAAUUUCGUAAAUCAACUACAAUCAAGUCCUCCUACCAAAAAGACAAAACGAGAUUUACUGAAUGAUUUUGAAAUACAUUUCCCCCAUGAGUGCCAUCCAGAAGAUGCCAAAGAGUCUAGCUAUCAUCACCACAUACACCAGUCAUGUUUCCACACAACCAUUCCUAACGAUCCUAACUCUGUUUAUGACGAUGAGAAACUCAUGUCUGAUUUUGAUUUCAUUAUCAAGUUUAACAACUUCCACGACAUGAUGUCGAAAAAGGUUGCUCUCACAGAGUCAUCAAAACUGGAUGGUGCAAACUCACCUUUACAGUAUCCAUGUCAGUGGGAGCAUUGUAUCAAGAAAUUGAACAACGAUAAUUUUAUGAAUCAUAUAGUUGGGGACCACAUAAAACAAGAACAUGAUUUGGAAAGAGCUACAUCGUAUCAAUGUGAAUGGAGCAAUUGUAAUUACAGUGAUGAAAACCUUGACACUUUGCUUCAACACUUGGAAUCUCAUAAACAGUCUAGUGACAAUGAGCCAGCACUCACAACAAAUUCUCCAAAUGUGUUAACUCCUAUGUCAACCACAAGUGUGAAUGAAAAAUCACCUCCAACUGCCAAGUCACCUGCAACUAUGAAGCACGAAUUGAACAUUACAUCUAUGUCAAUCCUUCCUAAGAAGAAGAAAAGCAGAGACUUCAAUCUAUCAGCAUGUUGUGCACAAGGACCUGAAUUCAAAUGUCAAUGGGAAAUUGGAAUAGAUCAAGAUGGUAAGCCUAUCCCUUGCAGUGCCACUCACGAAUCUCAAUGUGAUUUACAGCACCAUAUAAUAAACACUCACAUAGGAUCGGGUAAAUCAAAAUACAGUUGCAAUUGGAUAGGAUGCGAGAGACACAAUGGUAAAAUCUUCAACCAAAGACAAAAGCUAUACCGUCACAUUCACGUACACACAAACUACAAACCUUGUAAAUGUACAAUCUGUGGUGCUUCAUUUGCAGUACAAUCAAUGCUUGAUCAACAUCUACGUGUCCACUCUGGGGAAAAGCCAUUUCAAUGUUCAACUUGUGGGAAAAGAUUUGCCACGAGUAGCUCUUUAUCAAUCCAUAAUCGUGUGCAUACUGGUGAGAAACCGCUCAAAUGCAAGUGGCCUGGCUGCAACAAGAGUUUCAGUGAGAGUUCAAAUUUGACUAAACAUAUGAAGAUUCAUGAAAGAGAGUUUUCUUGCAAAGUAUGUGGGAGUACGUUUGCUAAGAGAGUUGAUUUUGAGCACCAUAUUGCAUCACAUAUGGGCCAUGAUGAAAAAGAGGAUCAAACAGAAGCCAAUAGAGGUGAUUUAAGGACGCGAGUAGAGGCUGUUAAAUAG